AUGGAGUCCAGCGUUAAUGAGAACGCGAACUUUAAAGUACGGGGGAUCUGGCGAAGCGCGUAUUACCAGAGCGGCCAUUAUCAGUUCUCCCUUGCAUCGGAAGAACUACAACGGUUUAGCAUCAUCUCGGGUCAUUCUUUAGCCUCAGAUAGAGUGCUACCGAGGAUCAACAGUUAUUCAGCAGUACGGGGGUUGUGUGCACGCGACAAGGAUGCGACGCCAUUGCCGCACGAAACUCUCCCUUGA